GAGCUGCGGUGAUAGAAGCCGGAAGUGAGUGUGUCUGUGUGAUGGGGGAGCUGUCAGUGCCGAGGGGUCCCACCAUCCUCAUCCCCCUCUUCUUCCUCCUCUUGGUGUCACCGGUCCGGGGGUCUCUCCGCACUAUCACCGGGGAUGUGCUGGGCUCGGAUCCCCGAGGGAGGAUCGCCGCCUUCGGGGACUUCAACGCCGAUAAACAGACCGAUCUCUUCAUCGUACGAGGCGGUGAACAAUUGUGGCAUAUCUACUGAGCCGACCUAGAUGGAGGAACUUUGGCCAACGUGAGUCUGUUUUUCUUUUCUAGGAGUGAAGGAGUUGUGAUCACCAGUGUGGUUCCUGGAGAUUAUAAUGGCGAUUCACAGAUGGAUGUUUUGCUCACCACCAUACCCAGAGCACAAGUUGGUAAAGAGCCGUCACUGUCAAUCGUCAUCUACUGGGGACAGAAUCAGACUCUCAAUCUAAAUCAAAAGAUUCAACUGAACACGACCUACACAGACGAGCCCCUUAUAAUAGACUUUAAUGGAGACAUGAUUCCUGAUAUCUUCGGAGUGCCCACUGGAAGCUCCACUCCUGUCAUUACAUACGGCGGUGGAAGCUUGACCGUGACAGCAAACCUGAACACAACGAGACAAAUGUUUGUACCUCAUUCCCACGCUUUUAUAGACCUAACUGGAGACUUUACUGCUGAUCUCUUCCUCACAACGGUGGCAGACAACAAAGACAUCCAGUUUGAGACUUGGGAGAACCAGGGAGGCAAUUUCUCCGGGGUCACGUCCCUCGUCACAAUGCCUAAAGAUGUCAAGGUGGUCGGACAGUCCGUCUUUGCUGACUUUGAUGGAGACGGCCAACAGGAUCAACUGCUACCAGCCUGCGAGGAUGACAAGUGCCUGAAGAGUGUCAUCUAUCUCAUGAAACAUGGCUCCACUCAGUGGGUUCCGGUGUUGCAGAAUAUCACCAAUGGAAACACACUUUGGGCUUUCAUCCCACCGACCGCUUCUCUUACCCAGUCGUUGCCCAUGUCCCUUCAUAUCGGAGAUUAUAACAUGGACGGGUACCCGGAUGCCCUGGCGAUUCUACGCAAUGCAUCGGGAAGCAACCAGCAAGCCUUCCUCUUGGAGAACGUCCCCUGCAAGAACACCACAUGCUCGCGUGUGUUCGAAGUCCACUGGGAGCUCUCCGACCUAAAUCAAAUAAAAGACGCGGCGGUGGCGACCUUCUUUGACAUCUACGAAGACGGCAUCCUGGACAUCAUCGUGCUCAGCACAGGAAGUCCUGAUGACAACGCCAUCCACGUCUUACUGAAUAACUUCGAAGCCGACGCUUAUUUUGUCAAAGUCAUAGUGCUCAGUGGUAUUUGCUCCAAUGACUGCCCUCGUCAAGUCAAGCCUUUCGGAGUUAACCAGCCCGGUCCCUAUAUUAUGUACAUGACGGUGGACGCCAAUGGCUAUCUGAAGAAUGCGUCUGCCGGGCAGCUGAGUCAGUCGGCACACAUGGCUCUCCAGCUGCCGUACAACGUCCUGGGAUUAGGGCGCAGCGCCAACUUCCUCGAUCAUCUGUACGUCGGAAUCCCUCGGCCGCCCGGAGAAAAGCAAAUAAGACGGCAGGAAUGGACGGCGAUCAUUCCAAAUUCCCAGCUCAUCGUCAUUCCGUACCCGCACCAACAGCCUAAAAGCUGGAGUGCCAAGCUUUACCUGACCCCGAGUAACAUUGUCCUGCUGACUGCCAUUGCUCUCAUCGGGGUAUGCAUCUUCAUCCUGGCAAUAAUUGGCAUCCUGCACUGGCAAGAGAAGAAAGCGGACGACCGGGAGAAGCGGCAAGAAGCCCAUCGCUUCCAUUUCGACGCCAUGUGAGGCCUCGGAAAUGACUUCCCUCUGCGAACAAAUGCGGUUUUCCUGGGAAGAGGUGAACUCUUUUCACUCACUGAUGGAGGCACAGUUCAGCGAUUUACAACCCUCCACUCAUUAACUUCUAUAGG